CGACCAGAUCCGAUGGAUGUUAAAUUAUUGAUAUCUCGCCGUAGCAGGUCCAGACGAUUGUUGUUCAGUUCCGAAAUGGGACUGCCGAGGUUCCGCCGCGCAUUCCUCACGCCGACCACGAACAAAUUCCCAGAUCCUAACCAAACAUUGUCGCACUUUCUCGUCUGGCGUACAUGGUACCCCCAUCCCCAUGUCAGCAUCGACACGGAAGUACAUGAGCAAGCGACAGCGCCCUUGCGAUUUCUGUCGAUCACGCAAAACAGCAUGUCGAAUUGAAGGCCAUGUGCCUUGCCGCUUGUGCGCGUUGCACGGACGGGAGUGCACCUUCAUGGAGGCUGCUCAGCCGAGAAAGCGACCGACGACUUCGACAAGCAGUGAAGCGGUACUCUCCAGGCCAACAGUAUCCUGUCUCGACCAAGUUGAUAGCCCAAAGCCGGAUACGUUAGCAUUUCAACCGGUUCCUACUCCGACAACAGAAGCCUCCCCCCAAGAUCAUGAUAUGGCCUUUCCAGCCUCUCCCACGAACUUUUUGCAGGAAAGUCUACGCGGCGACACUUCGAACCAAGACCUUCUUUUCGCAAAUCUUGCCAAUCAAUUCUUCGGUGAAUUUGACGAAGUUGAACCUGAUGCUCAGUAUGGCCGUAAUUACUCAAGCUUGGAGGGGGAGAUGAGUCCUGGAAACUUGCAUGCGACGGUGGAGGUACAAGGUACAUCAGACUGGCCCGACACAAAACCAAUUGAAACACAGCUAGACGCGAACGACAGUCUCAGUCCCCAGGCGCUAGGAUUAAGUGGUGACAUGGACCCCUACUUACUACAAAACUACCGAUAUGAUCUUUCUGGUACCUUCCAGUUCAAACAAUUGAACAUACAUUCUGUUUCUCAAGGCAGCGUUCCUACGCAAUUUCUACUCUCUCAACCUGGAUUGUUCUCCUUGUCAAGACAGGAAAUGGGCCUCAGUCAGAUCUCGUCUGAAAUUUCAAGGGGAAAACUUGAGCUUUUAGUAUCAGCCGAUACAGGCAUUCGGCUCAUUGCACUAUUUCGCAGGUUCAUCCUGCCCCAGUAUCCCAUUUUUUCCGAUUCGCUUUUCCCAGAUCCGCAAGCUAGCCCGCCUUACUUGCUGGCAGCUAUCUAUUUGGUCGCACAGCCAUUCGCUAGAUUCGACGAUGUAUUGUCAAUUGAGCUAGCAUACGAGACUCUGAAUAACCAGGCUCUUUUCAGGCUUGUUGACGAGGCUCUGCAAUACGAAGCACACAAUCCCAAUUUGUCACUAGUGCAGACAUUGCUUCUGCUCGUACUGCGACCCUCAACCAAUCCUCUGGUCCUCGAAUCUUCUUUCAAAUGGUCUCUCCAUGGUGCGCUCGUCUCUGCAUCUCAAACCUUGGGCCUACAUUACGAUCCUAGCCUUUGGAACAUUGCACAAUGGCAGAUUGCCUUGCGCCGUCGGCUAUCAUCCACCAUAUUCGCAUUAGACAAGUGGUUGGCCUCUAGCCUCGGUAGGCCGCCAUUGAUAACGCGAGACUCCUGGCUUGUAACAUCACUUACAGCUGCCGAUGGUUACGCAUCCUCCAUGAGCUUAGGACUAUGGUCCGAACAUAUAUACUAUGCCAAAUUGGGUCCGCUACUAGGGGAUGUUCUUCUGAAACUCUUUUCAUUACGUGCUAUCCACGAAUUAGCCUCGGAUACUCAGAAAACUUUGGAUGUGUCAAAAGAGCUUCUAGAGGAGUUAUCUAAGUGGCACCAGGACUUUGUGCAGCACUCAAGCGACCGUUCAAAAGAUCCUGCGUCUCUACCUACAAUUUGCGCUCUGGGUUAUCAUUACGUACAAAUGACGAUCUUCCGCGCUAUUAUGCGACCGUUCGUCGCAAAAUUGAACUCGAGCACUAAAACGACAGACGCUACGAACCAAUUAACGAGGGAUCAGCAAGACGUCAUGGGCUUCGCCAGAACAGGAGUACGGUCUUCAACCACGGCAACUGCCAACUUUGUCAAGAGUUUGACCGAGGAACACUUUCACAUAUUUUGGCCCCACUGGAGCCAGGUGGCCUUCUCCUGCAUCUGUUUUCUUGAUCUGAUGAUGGCAAUAUCCUCGCCGGACACGCAAGAAGCCGUCACUUGGUUCCGGGAUCUACACAACGCGCGCAGGGAGAUGCGCCUCAAGUCGACUAUGUUGCCUGUUCUUCGCUUAGGUCUGUUGAGAAUAGAUGCCAUAUUUUGGAAGGGCGUGGGCAAGGUUUUGCAAUUACAGCCGCAUGUGGAGGAAGCACUCAAAGCCAGCCUGGAUCCAAGUGCAGGCUGAAUAAGGUUACCGUUUAUAGUAUAUCGACGCGAUGGUCCAGAGAUACGCAUGAAACAAUGAAACGUGACUUUAUAUGGAGCGGACCGUCUUCGCCUAUCACUUCCGAUACAAGCACGUCAGUAGCGGAAGGCUGCCUUGAACCCGUACAGAGAUUACCACAGUACCAAUUAGGCUGAUCGAGGAGGG